UUUUUUGUAUUUUUGUUCCUAGGUGUUUUUUAUGUUGAUUUUCUACUUUAUAGACUGUUUAAAAUGUUUUCUCUUGCACCUGAAACUCAACUUGACGUAUUAAAAUGCUGCAAUUUCGAACAAUUAUUUUCUCUUAAACAAACCAAUUUUUACUUUCGCAAUUUCAUAAAUAAAUACGAGGGGGAGUUGGCACGGAUGAAAUUCUAUAAACUCUCACAGAUUGGAAUCAAAAUGAUCGAUAGUUUAGAGAAGGACUCUUAUAAAAUCAUCAAACUUGGACCUGUAGUUUUUGAAUUUAUGAUGAAUGAUCAACUUGUAAAGAAGUGGAGGACAGCGAUAGCUGAAUCUGUUCCUCUGUUUUUGCAUGGGGUUAGGGAUGAUUCUGCUGAGUCUGACGAUGAAUCUGAAGAUGAUAAUGAAGAGGAAACUGAAGAUGAUAAUGAAGAGGAGGAUGAUAACGUUGAAAAUGAUAUUAAAGACUUUACUGUUCAAUUGAUUAAGCCAGGUUUGUGAAUA